CAGUGAUGAGAGAAUUCCUGCAGGAGGAACAGCUGGAUGAAGCGGCGCUCUGGAGCUGCGGGAAGAUCAGACGGAAACCCCGGAGCAGCGUCCAAAAACCACAGAUUUACACCUGAUACAGCUGCAGGAAGUCAUGGCGACUCAGCCCAUGUCCCGAGUCAGAACCGACCCGUUAGCCUGCUAGCUUUCCCGUCUCCGCGCUCAUCAUCGGUUUGGUUAUGAACCACACGCCCAGCCCUCACAUGGCCGAGGCGGCUAAAUCGGGUCUGCUGUGCGGCCUGGGCGUGGGUCCGGACCGAGUGCGCUCUCCAGACAGCAUGACCCACACGCCGAGCCCCACGGUGGGCACGCCCAGCGCCAGCCCCCCCCUGCUGCUGUCCCCCGGUCUGGGCUGUGACGGGAUGGGUUCGGGAGCGGACUGGGAGAGCCGCGAGGAACUGCGUCUCCGCGAGCUGGAGGAAGCGCGAGCCCGUGCCGCGCAGAUGGAGAAGACGAUGCGCUGGUGGUCCGACUGCACGGCCAACUGGAGGGAGAAAUGGAGCAAAGUGCGUGCCGAGAGGAACCGAGCACGUGACGAGGUCCGGCAGCUCCGCCAGCGCCUCGACACGCUCACCAAAGAGCUGACGGGGGCACGGAGAGAGCGACAGGAGCUGGCCUCCGAAAACGAGCAGCUCCAACUGGAGAUCCAGAGACUGAGAGCCGAUCAGAGCUGUCCAUCGAACGCCCACAUCUCCUCUCCAAUAUCCAACUCGUCCACCGUCGAUUCUGACAAACAGCACAGCCACGAGGACGAGAGCGUCGGGGACGGACCCGGUUCUCCAGAGCCUGAACCAGUCAGAGACAUCGGAACCGAGAAACCAGAAAGGCAAAAGGAGCUGCAGCUGUUAGAGGCUCUGCUGAGGGCGAAGGCCGAUACCCCGGACUCGUGGGACGCUCGUAGCGUCAGCAGCCUGCGCUCGGCUCUGAGCCGCCAGGACCGGAACAGGCUCCUGUGGGAGGAUCUGGCAACCCCGGAUGAGGACUCCAGCAAACUCACCGUUCUCCAAUUGCGUCUCGACGAGUCCCAGAAAGUCCUGCUGAAGGAGCGCGAGGAUAAACUAGCGCUCAGCAGGAGCAUUGAGAAGCUGGAGACCGAGCUGAGCCAGUGGAAGCUCAAACAUGAGGAACUGAAUAAGACCAAACAGGAAGCUCUCAAGCAGCUGAACUUGUUGAAGGAGGUGCAUCAGGAUGAACUCGGCCGCAUGUCUGAGGACCUGGAGGAUGAACUCGGAGCUCGGACCAGCAUGGACAAGAAACUAGCCGAGCUUCGGGCAGAGAUGGAGCGUCUGCAGGUGGAGAACGCGGCGGAGUGGGGCAGGCGGGAGCGACUGGAGACGGAGAAGCUGGCACUAGAGCGUGACAAUAAGAAGCUGCGUGCGCAGAUGGAGGACCUGGAGGAGCAGCUGGCGCGCAAACGCAGACAGGCAGCCAGCGCACUGGACACCGACCUCAAGAGCAUCCAGAGCGAGCUGUUCGAGAGGAACAAGGAGCUAGCAGACAUGCGUCACGUCCACACGAAGGUGAAGAAGCAGUACCAGGAGAAGACGGUGGAGCUAGCUCAUGCUAACCGGCGCGUGGAGCAGCACGAAGCGGAGGUGAAGAAGUUGAGGCUGAGGGUGGAGGAGCUGAAGAAGGAGCUGGGUCAGGCCGAGGAUGAGCUGGAUGAUGCUCGUAACCAGAGCAGGAAGUUGCAGAGAUCUCUGGAUGAGCAAGUGGAGCAAUCUGAGAACCUACAAGUUCAGCUGGAGCACCUACAGUCCAGGCUAAGGCGCCAGCAGAACCCGGGUCUGUUCGGGAAUAUGAGAACCUCCUCGUCCUCGUCCCGGUUCUGCCCCGACGACCCCGAGCACGCGGCCAGCGACCCGGACGAGGAGGAGGAAGAGCUGCAGAUUCAGAUCCCUUGAACGGCAUCCCGUGAUAUCCGAACUGUGACCUUUAACCUAUCCGGGUCGUACGGGGCACGGGACUGGUCCUGAUGUGGAAGCGCGUCUCCGAGACGCAGCAGAGGAACCGGAGGAGGAAGUGACAUCAGCAACAAACACGUCUCAUUCGCUUUUAUCCGAGCAGCGGCGCUUUUCCACCACAUGGUACGGUCCGGUCCGGUACACUACAGGUGUCUGUGUAAAGGUACCUGGGAGAGUAGGUGGAGCUUACCAGGUGGUGACAUCAUUUCCUGUUGUAAACAGCAGGGUCUAAUCUCUUUCAGUGUUUAAUCCUAAUAUUCAGAUUAGUUACAGAUUAUCAGACAUAAGUGAAGACAGUAUUCAACCAAUCAGCUCUCGGCACCAUUUCUAGCUCCACCCACUCGUCCCUCUUCAUUAAGCGUAAGUGUACCGUACCGUACCGUACCGCACCGCACCGCCCUGGUGUAAGAGUGUAAUAACUACAGACUUCUUCAGCUUUCACUCAUCUUUUUUGUAAUGUGUGUGUUUGUGUUCGUGCUUGGACUGAGAGACAGAGGGGGAUUAUGGGUACUGAAAUACUCUGUUUUGGCUUUAAAGUUCUGACCCAGCUCGCUCACCGUGGGUCUGGGAUUGGUUUGGGGCGUGUCUUAGGUUGGAAGAGAAAUCAAGCUCUCUGAUUGGCUGUUAAAUCAUGACUCCUAAAUAUAUGAACGUGAUGAUGUUAGUUAUGAGUUAUGAAUCAGAACUCUCUCUGUCUCUCUCUUACUCAUGUGUGUGUUGUGUGUCGUGGCGUCUUGGAUUAGCAACUCGGUCUUUAUCCUGAGUGUAAUAAUCUUUGGGCUCUGCUGGCUCCGCCCCUUUUCGCUCUGAGGGACAGGUCGUGUUUGGCGUGUGAAAGUGUCCCUCGUCUCCCACCGGUGUCCUCAUCAUGGCCGCGUGACGCUAUUCUCAGUUACAGAUCUGGUCUGUCGCCCCCUGCUGGUGACGUUCCUUUCACACGUUAGGAUGUGCUGUGUGUGUGUGUGUGUGUGUGUGUGUGUGUGCGCGCGCACUGUUUCCACAGGUGAUGUGACGUGAUCAUGUGAUCAGUGCUCCGCCCCGGUCAGUGUUUAUUUCUCCUGGUGUGUCACGGCUCGAACCCCGAGCUCCGCCCUGUCCUGCUUUUACUGUUUCAGCGAUAAAAAACGUUCCCCCUCCUGGACAAACGUCAACAACGAGGACCAAAUCAGACUCUCAAACUUUUUCUCUUCUUCUCCUUCAGCGGGACGUUUUUACUCUUCUGACAAAUAUUUAUAAUUUCUUUUGUAACGUGAAAAUAUUCUGUAUUACAGUUUUUGUAUUUAGCAUUAUAAAUGUUAAGUGUGUAUAAA